AUGAGCGUGAAGUCGGGGCAGAUUCCAGUUCUGGGUGAUGAUGAUGAUGAUGAUGAUGAUGAUGAUGAUGAUGAUGAUGAUGAUGAUGAUGAUGAUGAUGAUGAUGAUGAUGAUGAUGAUGAUGAUGAUGAUGAUGAUGAUGAUGAUGAUGAUGAUGAUGGAGAAGGAGGAGGAGGGGGGGUGGGUGAGGAUGGUGAUUAUGAGGACGCGGAUGAUGGUUAUGAGAAUAAGGAUGAGAAGCAGAAGAAGAAGAAGAAGAAGAAGAAGAAGAAGAAGACGGAGGAGGAGGAGGAGGAUGAAAUUAACUAG